AUGAGAAGAGAAGAAAAACUGCACUUUUCAGAAACCUUCUUAUCAGAGGUUGAAUGCAUUACAAAUAUAAAACUUCGGCAGUGUUUUAUUCUUGUGCCUCCUCGCAACGUAGUCAUGAUAGAGGAGAGCGGGUCAGAGGUCAGGAGUUACAUAGGACCUGUGACCGAAGGAGCUGACCUGCACAUCUCCUGCGAGGCCCUUGGCGGUCAGCCUCCACCCUCUCUGAUCUGGCUCCUCAACGACCAGGUCAUAGACGAUGUCACCGAGGGCCAAGAAGGCGACAUCACCCGCAAUGACCUGACCAUCCGAGGGGUCACCAGGUCAAUGCUGAGGGCCCACUUGACCUGCAGAGCUUCCAACAACAAGGUUUCCCCCCCGCUCACUGCUAUGGCCACCAUAGACAUGAACCUCCGACCCCUCGACGUGAACAUCCACCACCCGCGGGAACCUCUCUCGUCCGGCAGAACGUACGAGGUCUUGUGUUCCUCGAAGGGCUCUCGGCCGCCCGCUGUUCUGACGUGGUGGCGAGGCUCCGUCAGGCUGCCCGCCGCCUCGGAUACGACCAGCCACGGGGGCAACGUGUCCUCGUCGAUGGUGCGCUUCACCCCGAACGCCUCCGACGACGGCCGCCUCCUGUCGUGUCGAGCCGAGAACCGCAACGUCCCCACGGCAGUCAUCGAGGACAGCUGGAAACUCAGCGUCUAUUGUAAGUACGAGGCUUUCACAGCAUCCGAGAUCCUGGCUUCUCGUGUGCAGAUGGAAAUCGUCUGCCGUCAGGAAAAUGUUCUUGCAACUAAACAAAUACGUUCAGAGACACAUGCAUGA